AUGCUCGGCAUACUCAAGUUCCAAACGCUACUGAUGGUGGUGCUGCUCUUCAUCUGCUCCUGCACCUAUCUCCAUGGAGUCUUUCCUGCGUGGCUGGACCGGAAUAAGGCUGGACCACUGGGCACCUUUUGGCGCGCAGCCCGCAUAGGCGAGAGACUAAGCCCAUACGUGAGCAUUUGCUGCAUAGCGAUGGCAGUGAGCUUGUUGAUGGGCGGAUGA